GGCUUUACCGCUCCCGCGCGGCGCAGCAGGGGGAGCGGUGGAGCUGCGGUGGAGCCUCCGCUGCGGCAUCCUUCUGGUCGGUUAAAGCCACGAGAAAAACUCGGCGAUCUCAGAAGAACUGGUCGGUGGCUCUUCCCGAAGUUUCGGGGCUCAAGACUCCGAUGGGGAAAAGGAAGACAGCAACAGCAGAGGACUCACUGAGGAAAAGCACGUCGAUCGAGAGAGAGAGAGAGAUGCUGGCGGGCAAUCCUGGCGAUCCGGGAGCCCUGCAGGACCCAGGAGGAGAUGAUCUGAACAUCGGCCAGGAACGCUCCGCGCCACGGCUCUUCACGGCUCCAGCGGCGGAGAUCCCCGGCCGCGGCGGCGUCGUCGUCGUCCCUUUCCGCGGCCGCCGCAUGCCUCCCGCGGGAUACCGGGUUCUGGAGCGUUCGGAGCGCGAGACGGAAAGCCCCGAAGGCGGCGGCCGUGGGCCUUGGGCCAACUUCGGAA